CCUCCUUCGUUAGCCGAAGCUGGUGAAACUAAGCCUGCUGAACGAGCCGAUAUACCAUGGCAAGCUCACGAAACGACUCAUCUAUGUGCAAAACUGCACAACGAAGGAGAAUUCCUCAUCCAGGACAGCGAGAAUGAGGACUCUGUGAUUCUCUCCGUUUUCAAAGAUGGUGUUCGCGACUUCCUGAUCACGAUUGAAUACACUGACGAUGGAGCUCGGUUCAGAGUGGGCGCGAUGCGUUUCGAAUCGCUUAGCGAGUUGACCUUUCAACUAAAAUUCAUUACUUGCGGCGAUGAGACCAUCCGGCUUGGAACAGCUAUUUACCGCCAUGAGAGCUUCGGACGAUUCGGCGCCCACAGCUUUGUAGAAGAGAAAUCUCGGGUCGCCCUUAGAACUGUAUUGCCUUUGCCUGAAUUGAAGCUGAAAUCCGUGGUGGUGGCGUUGAAGAAGGAAAUCGUGCAUCAUGGAAUUGACAAAGAAUUGGAGCAGCUCAUAUUGCUAAAACACAGGAACCUUGUUCCCUUACUCGAUUUCGCCUUCUACUCCCUUCGUGAUCCCGUGAUCCUUCGCUAUGAGGCUCAUGAUGCUCUUUCCCUUCACGAAGUUAUCAGAAAGGAGUCGUUCAUCAAGCCAGCGAAGACGCUGAAGUGGAUCUACCAGGCUGCCUUCGCUUGCGUAUUAUUUGGCUCUUAA